AUGGAACUUCUUGUGUUGAUGGGAAACCCUGCAUUUUAUAACAGAUCCUCCGAUAAGCAGAUGGCAGUGAUAGGAGCUACUAAUGCUCCAUGGCUCAUUUCAAGACCAAUUCUUCGUCGUUUUUUGAACAGGAGAUAUUGUCCGCUACCGAGCGUUGACGCUCGAAAAAGAAUAUUGGAGAUUGGUCUUGGAGACAAGGUGCCUUCAGAUCUGUCCCCAGUGGAUUAUGACACACUUGCCCUAAUGACCAACGGACAUACGGGUGCCACGAUUUCACGUUUGAUUAAACAAGCGCUUGCUCAGGCUUCCGAAAGGCAUGCAUCCUCGAUUCAUUUCAAAACAACCAACGUCUCCGCAGAAGACAGCGACUUAGUGGAAUGCAUGCCGUGCUUUCCCGACAAUUCUGGGGUUUCGGGAGUAUCUGGUCCACAGAUUCGACAACUUGACGCCGUCGUUCUCCCUCCUGUCACACUCACAGAUUUCUUGAUUGUUUUGAACGAUGCUGAUGUGGGUGAAAAGAUUCCCGAGUUUGACACAGAGAAAUACGAACAAUGGAAGGUAUAG